CAGUCCUCUUGUCUUUUUGCGUUUAGUUUGAUAUCUGAGAUUAUCGCCCAUGAGUUAAUUGUUGACGUAAUUUCAAGCAAAAAAUAUGGAAUCCACUGGUAAUUUUACAGUGAGAGUAAAAGAGGAACCUCGUGAUCCGUCGUUUAUUGAAAACGAUAGCGAGAUGAUUGACGAGAAACCCGAUUUGAAAAACUUCCAACUCUCGCCAUUUCCGCAAGAAAAUUCUACUCACGCACUUCAAAAAUGUAUCAAAAAUCAUGUAACUAAAAUCAAUGAUGACACGGAAAUAGUUUUUGAAUGUGAAAAUCUGAAGCCUCGCAUGGAUUUAUUAGUCGUUCAAAAAGUUGAUGAUUAUUCUGAAAAUCACUUUCAGAAUGUAAAAAAUCGCUGUUAUGAUAUAACUCUCAACAGAAUUAAAAUGGAACGUAAAGAGGAAGUAAAAGAGGAAUUUUUUGACGACGUUGCAGAAAAAUUGAAUUUGAACUUCGAUUGUGAAUUGGUCGAACAAAAAAAAGAAAGAAGAAUUACAAAAAAGUUGGACGAUCAACAUAACCUCAAAACAAACAUCCAUAUGGUGUCCAGUGGUAGAAUCGAAGCGUGUGAAAUAUAUGGAAAAAAAUUCACACAAAAAGGCCAUCUCAAUGUCCAUAUCGACGCAGGGCAUAAUGGUGAUUCGAUUCAUAAUGGUGUUAAUUACACAUGUGAUGUAUGUGGAAAGGCAUUCGCUAAAAAACCAAAUCUCCGAAUCCACAUCGAUUCUGUGCACAAUGGGGUCACUCAUUCAUGUGAUAAAUGCGGCAAGUCAUUUACUCAGAAAGAUUCGGUGCACAAUGAUGUUAAAUAUGCAUGUGAUAUUUGCGGAAAGACAUUUGUAAAAAGACAAAAUCUCCGAGUCCACAUCGAUACGUCGCACAGUGGUGUCAAAUAUGCAUGUGAUAAGUGUGGAAAGUCAUUUACUCAGAAAGGUAGUCUCAAAAGACACAUCGAUACGGCGCACAUUGGUCGCAGUCCAUCACCCGCCUCAGUGACGACGGCUCUCGCGGGCGAUGGCGUCGGCACCUUCGUAACCUUCCCGCUGCGCAAGGAGAGCGCACGCGCGCUCAGCCGCGAGGAUCUCGCCGAGGAGGCAGCCCGGGUCCUCGAGCAGGCCGACAGCGUCGACUGCGUGGCUCGCGGCGUCAACAACCGCGAGUCGCCGCGAAAGUACGCCAGCCUACCCGGUCGCGGCAGUAGUCGCAAGUCCAAGGAGCGUAGCAGCAACGACGGCGGCGGCGACACCGACGGCAGCAGCAGCUAUCUCGGCCACUCGAAACCGAAGAAGAAGGCGCUCGGGCGUAGCGUGAGCGAUGCCAGCUCAACCGAGCGAGCAGCAUCGGUCGUUAGGAGCCAGCAGCCCAGUGGUCGUUAUCAACCGCGAUAUCAAGGCAGCAACAGCAGUCCCGACCGGAGCCUGCCCGAGCUAGAGGAGGACGACGACGACGAGCCGGAGUCGCAGUAUCAGCGAAUAGGGCAGCCGCGCCGGCGCGGCCCGCCACUGCAGCGCAGCUCGAGCGACCUGCUGAGAAAGCAGCAGCAACCACCUCUCACGCCCAUCAUCGAGGCGUCGCCGCAUCCCGCCACCGCCGAGCGAUCCUUUCGUUUCUCGUCCGUGUCGCCACCGGCACCGGUGGAGCCGUCGCCGAGGGUCAAGACCAUUCCGAUCUACGUCGAGAGCGAGAAUCGUCUCUACGUCGGCGACAAUCAGCGACGACAGGAGGAAGACAUCGACGUGGUCGACGGUGACAUGUUGCAUCGGAGCAGUCGAUACGAUCAUCAUCCGCAGCAGCCGCAACGAGAUGACUCGACCAUACACAAGAUGAUCCAUCGGCUGUCGAACGAUCGCUCGCCGCCGCCCCAGCUGACCCGAGCCAUGGUCGCGCCGAGUCCGGGCUUCGCCCACAACAACAAUCGGCCCUUCUCGUACACGCGGCCCAGCGAGAUCGCGACGACGUCGGUCCGUCCGCAGUCGCCCAGCACCACUCUGCUGCCCGCCGACUGCAUCUACGCCCAGGUGCAGAUGGACAAGAAGAAGUCGGCCCUGCUGAAUCAGGCGCAGCGCAGCCACAGCGACAGCGACGAGGGCCUCGGCCUCGAGCGCAAGGACUCGUCGCGCGAGAACAGCCCCGCCGACAAGGAGGCCUUCCAUCGUAGCAGCAGUAACAACGGCACCGGCGGACAGUAUCGCUAUCUGGACUCGGAGCUGCAGCGCCACAACGACAUCAACAGCUACAAGUCGUCGAGCGCCAAUAACGUCACGACGACGCGUUUCGGCGACGGCGGCGGCGGCGCUGACCCGACGACGACGACGACGGUGCUCGAUCGGGGCCGCGCCGAUGGCAUGGCGGACGCGGCCAGGCGACGCGUCAACGGCGUCGACGAGCUCAGCAGUCGCGUCAUCAACGAGCGGCCCCCCAGCCUGAACAAGAGCUCGGAUCUGAGCGCUCGUCGGGACCUGCUCGAGUCGCGCAUCAAGAUGUUCUCCAGCAAGGACAACGGAAGCAGCAACGUGAAUAAAUUAUUGAGCCCAAGCGGCAAGAAGCUGGUGCUCGAGCAGGAGCCCAUAAUCGUGGACAAGCCGAUCGUGCCGUCGCCCGUGGUGCCCGCGGCCCAGCCCAAGCGCUACCUCGACACCUACAUCAGCGAGACGCGCACCAACAGCAACGGCGAGAAGUACAUCUUCGAGAAGGAGAUGCACGACGAGAACGGCAAGGUCUACGGCUUCGAGAAGAUCACGAACAAGGUGACGAACAACAAUGGACAUAGCGAGCUGCCGCUCGUCAAGCCCAAGCAGGGCUACGUGCUCGAGACGAGGACGGACAAGUACGGCGACAAGUACAUCGUCGAGACGCGCAAUUACAGCGCCGAGCCGAGCUCGACCACUACCGCUACCAUCGACAAUGGCACCAAGAAAGACGAGGGCCACUCGCGUCAUCACCGAAGCGAACUGUACCAGCCGCGCGCCAAGAAGAACUUCGAGGCCAUGCGUGGCUACAGCAAGUCGACGCAGCGCCUCAACGAGCUGUCCUCGUCCUCCGAGAGUCCUCGAGUCAAGGAUGGUGCUGCUCAUCGCUACGUGACGCGCUCCUACGAGAAUCUAGCCUCGUCGUCGUCCGCCGCGGCCGAUUUGACUCGACGCCCGGGUGUCGGCGGAGGCAGGAGACCGAAACUCGGCGCUCUGCGCGAGGGACCCCUCGACGAUUACGACACGGACAUCUCGCAGGCGACCAACAGCCAGCUCGACUCGUCGAGCGCCGCCAGCAAGUUUUACAGCAAGGAGACGCGCACGAUGCAGCGCUACCAUCAUCGGGCUGGAAGAGGCUUGCACGACGAUUACGACAGCUCGCCGCCAAGGCAUCAUCGUGUCGUCAACAGCAACGGCUACAACUCGAGCCGCUACGACUCGGACACGACGACGCGCGACUCGGUCGUACGCGGCGGCUAUCAUCAUCAUCGCAAAGGCGUCACCUCCGAUCCCGACGAGCCCAAGAAGCCGCUGCGUCGCUCGCGCAACCACCUGGACUACGCCCACCUGGACGAGAGGAGCAACGGCGCGUUCGACGAGGGCCCUGUGCCGCCGCCUCAGCGACCGCCGCGUCACAACGCGCGAGAUCAUCAUCGGGGCCUCGGCAGGUCCUCGCACCACAAUCAUCAUCAUCAGGUGCGCACCGAGACGCGGCUCAGCGACAGCGAGCGCAAGGACCGACUGGCCGACUCGGGCAUCGAGAACGACUAUCGGCCGACUCACUCGUCGCACGAGGCCGACGGACGCCACGGCGCCGAGUCCGAGGAGGACGACGGCUUCGUCACGGCGCAGUUCCUCAAGCAGGAGCGACGCCACACCGAUCGCAGCAUGCCCAUCGACAAGAAGAGCCACCAGCAGCAACGCGUCAGCAACGGUGGCUACGACAAGUACGUCAUGUACUACAACGACAAGCCGCCGCUGACCGGCAAGCCACCGCUCGGGCCCGGCUUGGUCGACGCCGGCAGCAGCAAGUCCAAGUACGAGAAGAAGGCCGCGAAAAAAAGCGGUGGCGUCGGCGGCGUCGGCGGCACCAUGAGCAAAGUGCGCGAGCUCUUCCGCAAGAAGGAGAAGAAGCAGGUGAAGGAGGACAAGACGCGCGGCGGCGUGGGCGGUCUGCUGCUGAAGCGCAGCGGCCGGGCGGCGAGCACGGGCGCCCUCACCGACGACGAGGUGACCGUGCGCUAUCGCGAGUACCGCGGCGACCAGCUGCGCAGCGCCAGGAGCGCCCGCGACCUCGACAGCGAGAUCAACGAGAGGCAAGUGUACCGGCAAAACCAUCAUAAUCCUAAUUCUUGUGGUGACCAAAGUAAAAAUUCUUCGUCUAGAUACGCCGACGAUCCUCAUUAG